AAGUAGGUCCAGUCAACCUUCCUUCUACCUUCCGAGCCGGAACGUCGGUUCUCGUUCUAACUUUCACUUUGCUUCAGGCUUCUGAGUUCUGAGCUCGCUCACAUGACUUACUUGGACGAAGAAACCGCCGGGAAAAUCCUCCGGCAGGUGGAAUUCUACUUCAGCGACAGUAAUCUGCCGCGCGACGAUUUCCUCCGGAAAACUGUUUCCCGGAGUAAAGAUGGCAUGGUUAGCUUGGCUCUCAUUUGCUCCUUCUCUAGACUCCGUGGCUACCUUGGAUUGGGGAAAACGAUGACAAAAGAUGAAAUCCCUGAUAAGGUUUUGAACUCCGUUGCUGAAAUUCUGCGUGGGUCGGAGUUUCUGAAAGUUUCUGACGAUGGGAGGAAGGUGGGUAGGCUAGCUAAGCUGGUGAGGCCAAACCAAGUGAUGAAGCAAGUGGACAUCAGGACAAUUGCAGCAUCGCCUUUUGAAUACGAUGUGAAGAUGGAAGAUGUGGAAUCUUUCUUUUCUCAGUUUGGUAAGGUCAAUAGUGUAAGGCUACCUCGUCAUCCGAUGGACAUGAAGGUGUUCUCUGGCACUGCUUUGGUAGAGUUCUCCAUGGAUGGAAUUACUGAAGAAGUCCUGAAGAAAAAUUUAGUUUACGCUGGAGCUUGUUUAGAUCUGAAACCGAAAAAAGAAUAUGACCACGAGAGAGUAAAAGUGGAGGAAAUAGGGAAACACAGUUCUUCUACUGCCUCAACUCACAAGGACUCCCCUGGCACAAAAUCCGAAUAUCCUAAGGGGCUAAUUGUUUCAUUCUCAUUGAAGAGGGUGCCACUUGCAAAACCUAUGCAUGGAGCAGAUGACGAGCCUGUAACUGAUGCUGCAGAUGUUCGUAAAAAGAAGAAGAAAAAGAGUUCAAAAUUCAGAGACAGUGGUGUUUUGGAAACUCAGGAUAAUCCUUCUUUAAUUGCUGAAGCAAAUUCAGAAGACACAAAGGAAAUAAGUGAAGGUAACAAAGAGUCUGACUUUAAAGAUAUAGCAGUUACCGAAAAGAUUGCUGAGCAAAUCCCCACUAAGGAGAGGGAUGAUAUCUUCCAAGGAGAGAAUGCUGUCCAUUGUGGAGACCUAAAGCAAGUCUUUCAAAGAUUUGGUGCUGUUAAGCAAGUAAAUUAUGUUCAGGGUGGUGAUUCUGGAUUUAUUCACUUUGAAGAACCGGAGGCCGCCAUAAAAGCUUGUGCAGCUGCAGAAUUUAUUGGAGGCCUCCAUGUCAAGCAUUUCAUCGCUUCCUUAAGAGUUCUUCCUGGCAAGGGUAAAAUGGAAGAGUCAAAUAUGCUUGACCAUGAGAAGGAAGGUCACAGGAAAAGUUCGACGAGGUACUUCUACACAUAUUCUUCUCCAUUGCACGAAAGAAACGAAGGUUUGACGAAGGUAAAGAAUGCUGAGAGAUGGAAGUUCCCACCGUGGUAAGAGGGAUAUUGUAAGUAGUUUAUGACAGGGUCAGAAUGGGUAGUACCGGUAGGUUUGUUUGACAUUGUAGUUGCUGUUCGCACAGCCAAUAUCUGUAUGGGCGUUUGCAAAAGUAAGGUAUUUUGAAAUGGGGAGUUCAAAGCAUGAUUGCUGGCUUUCUUUCGCCACAGCUUUGUGUGCUUGAACUCUUUCUGCCGGAUUUUUGUUUACCCUGCCUUGAUGAGCAUUACUCUCUUUUGUUGUUGGGGUGUUAUGGAGUCAAAAUAGGAGAUAAUGUGUGGCUUAACAAGCUGCUUAAAGUGUCCAUGAACCAAUCUGGCGAUACGCCGCCUCCAGGAUGAUGUCUCUCGUCUGAUUGCGGCUCGUAUUGAAGGCCCUCGUGCUUAGUUGAUGCAUGUGUAUGGCAAGCAUUGUUCAAUAUCUGAGAGUCGUGGUACCAUCGAGAAUUUUGUCAAUGAGUUCUAUCAUUGGAGUAGUGAGCAGUUGGAUUCAAAGUGAAUCUGGUUCUUGUAUUGACCAGUCUCACUCUCUCAUCUACCUUUCUUCAAAUAACCUUAUUUGACGAGCUAUAUUCGACUCAUAAACAACAUUAUUAUAACCAAGAAAGCAAACACAUCCCUCAAAUUUCAUCUUUAUAGAGCCUCUGUGGCGGGAUCGUCCAACAAGCCAACUGCAUCAUAGAGGACUUGCUUCAGCUCGCCGAGCCAAUGUUGCACCUGAUGAUUCAAUCCAACAGUUGAGAUUCGAGGGUUGUUUCCCCAUCUGAAAGCCCGUCUACGGAUCUCACACUUUGUCGAAUCAAGGGUUUAACUAAGAAGUGGCUUGAGAGGCCAGAGACGAAGAAGGCGAACUGCCGCGGAGAGGAGGAAGUCGUCGGCUUGAUAGGAAGAUGACAAACAAACACAAGGUCGCUACCGCUCUGCUCAUUUGUCCCUGACCGCAAAGAGUCGAGCAAUCAGAGAUCCAGUUGAGUCUCGUCAGCGAUUACAAAUAGAUAGUUGUUUAUUGCCCAUGUUUGAUUCUUUGUUAUUUCUAUUUUUCACUCUUUAGGGUGGUUUGGAAGUUGGGAUUGUUAGAGUUGUGUUGUGUUUGUUAAAUACAUGUAUUAUGCACUAUACAAAGAUUGAAAGUGUCAAAGUGUA